AUGUUAUUUGGAGGUGAGUGGUGGAGUAACAUCACAAAAACUGAGUAUGACAUACUUGAACGAGUGAAUCGUUUUGCAGCAAAGCAAGCUCAAGGUCUUGCACCAUCAACGCGAUCAGAAGCCGCACUUGGAAGUUUGGGACUAUGGACAAUUGAGGGACAUAUCGAUAAAGUACAACUGAUGUUUCUUCAUAAAUUAUUAUCAUUGAAACCAACGAAUGUGGACAAAAUUAUAUUUGUUGUUAGAAUAUCAUCUUUUUUCAAUGGUGUGACUAAGAAGAAAAUGGGAUUUAUUCCAAACAUCGUUAGAAUUUUAAAUAAAUAUGGACUUGGGGAUUAUCUCACCACCUACAUACAAACAGGUCAAGUCCCAACUAAAUCUUCAUGGAAAUCAUUGGUUAAAGCAAGUAUUCGUCAAUUUCAAUUACAGAGUUGGAGACAGGGCUUGCAUAUCAAACCAGAACUUGGAUAUUUUCGGGACGUUCAUACUGAACUGCAGCCUCUAGAAUUGUGGAACACAGCGAAGCGGAACCCAAUGUACCUCAAACCUAUAGCAACACUGGUAAAUCUUCUAUGUGGAAAUAUUCCGUCAAAACUUAGUGAUGUUGUGGAAGAUCAGGGUGAACAGAUCUGUAGGAUAUGUCAUGGAUCAAUAUUGGGAACCCUUAAACAUUUUAUAAUGGACUGCCAAAGCGUAUCGAUAGAAAGAGAAUUAUUGUGGGACAAUUUACAGGACCAAUUGAGUUUAAAUAUUUGUGCUAGCAUUUUUAACCAAGAUGAUAACGGCAUGCUUGCUAGUUUUUUAAGUGGGUCACUUCCAU